AUGUCAUUUGAUCUCUUGGUGGUUUUCCUCGCCAUAAUUCCAUUUCACUUUGCUUCCUCUGAGACAUUGCCUUCAACGAAGUGCCAUGAGCAGGAGCGGUCUGCCUUGUUAGAAUUCAAACAAUCUUUCUUCGAUGCAAAGUCCUCAGUUUGCUGGCUUUAUGGCAAUUUGUCGAAGCUAGAAUCGUGGAAGCCAGAAGACAUGGAUUGCUGUGAUUGGGAAAGCGUGGAUUGUGAUGAAGGGACGGGCUACGUGACUGGCCUCGACCUUAGUGAAAGUUGUCUCUCCGGUCCUAUCAACUCGAAGGCCAGCCUCUUCCGCCUCGCUCAUUUGCAAAGCCUCAAUCUCGCCUCGAACAACUUCAAUUUCUCUCAAAUACCAUCUGCCAUAGAUGAUCUAGUGGAGUUGAUGAGCCUGAACCUCUCUUCAUCCAUGUUCGAAGGUCAAAUCCUGUCUCAAGUCCUAAAGUUGACUAACUUGACCUCCCUCGAUCUCUCUCGGAACUAUGGAUUGGAGCUGAGGAAUCCCAGCAUGGAGACACUAGUUCAAUUUUUGACCAAAUUGGAACACCUUGAUCUUAGCUUGUUGAAUGUGUCGGCUCCGGUGCUUGAUGCCAUCGCAAAUUUAUCUUCCUUGACAUCACUUGUACUCCAAAGCUGCAACUUGCGAGGGACAUUUCCAACAACCAUCUUCAAGCUACCGAGGCUACAACUUCUUGAUUUGGGUUUCAAUCCAGAGUUGUUAGGUCAUUUGCCAGAGUUUCACUUGGGCAGUCCCAUUAAGUCGCUGUCUCUUCCGGAGACCAAUUGUUCAGGGAAAAUUCCAUCUUCAAUAGGUAACCUCACUCAACUUACUAUGUUGGAUUUUGGACUUAACAAACUCUCGGGUGAAAUCCCAUCUUCCCUAGGGAAACUCGUCCAACUCUCAUAUUUGGAUCUUGGAAUGAAUCUACUCUAUGGGGAAAUUCCUGCUUCGUUGACUAACCUCACUAACCUCACUUUCUUAGAUUUCCAUGACAAUCAACUAAGUGGUCAAAUUCCAACUACAAUCACUGGCCUCACCCAAUUAACUUAUCUCGACCUAUCAUUCAACAGAUUAAUUGGCCAAAUUCCUGAUAACAUCUCUAACCUCGAGAGUCUUGACCACCUGAACUUGCAAUCAAACAAUCUGAAUGGUACUUUGCGGCUAGAUGUGAUACUCAAACUUCAACAUCUAAAUAUGUUGCAACUCUCAUCCAAUGAAUUCUCAUCAAUUGUCGAACCCGGCAUGAACGCUAGCCUUCCAAACUUGUCUACUCUCGGCCUAGCUUCUAGCAACUUAAGUGAGCUCCCCAUCUUCCUAUCAUACCAAAGUAGGUUGGAAUGGGUGGACCUAUCCCAAAAUAGAAUUUAUGGGCCAACACCUCCAUGGUUCUUAAAUGAGAGUGUGUCACAACUGCAAUUUUUGAAUCUUUCGAGAAACUCAAUCACUAGUUUCACAGCUUUUAAAUGGCUAAAUCUUAUCACAUUGGACCUCCGGUUCAACGAUAUACAAGGAUUAAUUCCCAUUCCCCCGAAGUCCAUUAUAUUCUACCUUGUCUCAAAUAACAAGCUAUCUGGAGAAAUUUCACUGGAGAUGUGCCAGCUAAGCUUUAUUAGCAUGCUUGAUUUGUCCAAGAACAACUUGUCCGGUGUUAUUCCGCCAUGUCUAAGCAAUUUGAGCGAUUACCUUCUUGUCUUGAGUUUGAAAGGCAAUGAUUUAUAUGGAAGAUUUUCUCAAUUGCAUAAUGAUGAAUGUGGGUUAAAUAUGAUAGAUGUGAGUGAUAACCAACUACAAGGGUCAUUGCCAAGGGGAUUAGGUAAUUGUAGUGCUAUGGAAUUUCUCAAUAUUGAAAAUAAUCAGAUUGUCGACACCUUUCCUUCAUGGAUGGGCUCGCUUUCUUAUUUGAAGGUGCUCAUUUUGAGUUCCAAUAGAUUUCAUGGAGCCAUAGGGGAACCUGAAGCUCGUGACCAGUUUCCUAACCUACGAAUUAUUGAUCUAUCUAUGAACAACUUCUUGGGUAGCCUUACAUCUAAAUAUUUUGAUAUGUGGAGUGCCAUGAAAGUCCACAAUGUAGAUGAUGUAGAUUAUAUGUCCUUUGACACUGCAUUUGACGGGGUGGCAGACUAUGACUUCUCAAUGACAAUAAUCAACAAAGGCAUUUUAAUGAAGUACGAAAGGAUAUUGGGAUACCUCAACGUGAUUGAUCUUUUGAGCAACAACUUUAUUGGGGAAAUCCCAAAUUCUAUUGGAAGUUUAACUGAACUUCAUAUGCUCAAUCUCUCCAACAAUGCUCUUACCGGCUCCAUCCCUUUGUCCUUAGCGAAUUUGACCGAACUAGAAUCUCUUGACCUUUCAAGAAAUAAGCUCUUAGGAAUGAUCCCUCCAGCACUAGCCCAACUCGGUUUCCUUGCUUUCUUCAAUGUCUCAGACAACCAUCUUUCUGGGCCCAUACCUCAGGUGAACCAGUUCCAUACAUUCGAGAAUGACUCCUAUGGAGGGAACUUAGGACUAUGUGGAGUUCCUUUGACAAAGAAAUGUGGAAAUCCUAUUGAAGUGCCCCCGGCACCUCCAUCUGAUGCAGUCGCUGAAGAGAUUGAUUGGAAGAUUGUCCUUAUGGGUUUUGGAAGUGGGCUGGUCAUCGGUGUGGUUAUGGGGCUAAACACAACUUCCAACAUUGAACAUUGGCUCCUGAGGUUCUGUAGAGGAUGGCAAAGAAGAAGGAUGCACCAAAUAAGGUUUGUGUGA